GAGUAUAAGCUAGUCGUUCUUGGCUCAGGAGGCGUUGGAAAGUCUGCUCUGGAACAAUUUACAGUAAUGAGGGAUUUGUACAUGAAAAACCGGCAAGGCUUCACUUUAGUUUACUCCAUCACAGCACAGUCCACAUUUAAUGACUUACAAGAUCUGAGAGAACAGAUUCUUCGCGUUAAAGACACUGAUGAUGUUCCAAUGCUUCUGGUCGGUAAUAAAUGCGACUUGGAAGACGAAAGAGUUGUGGGAAAGGAACAAGGUCAAAACCUAGCAAGACAACGGAAUAACUGUGCAUUCUUAGAAUCUUCUGCAAAAUCAAAAAAAAAAAAAAAUGUUAAUAAGAUCUUUUAUGACGUAGUGCAUCUAAUUAGCAGAAAAACUCCAGUGCCUAGGAAGGCUCGCAAAAAGUCGUCACGUCAGCUCCUUUAA